AUGGAACCCCCACUGUCGCGUCCACCUUUUGAACACAGUUUAAACGCCUCCGAAAUAGACCUUUUACCCGCAACUUUUCGAGACGAAGAAGACAACCUCAUCGCCCCCAGUUCCUGCAUCAAAGACUUCUUGCGAAAAGAACUUUCAGUCGAGAGGAUCGAUAAGGUCAAAAAAUGGCUAUGGAUGAGUGGAAGGCUAGUCCCUCCACGACCGCUGCAUCAUCAGGUCCUGCUCCGUCGUAGUCUUACGAUCACUGAGCAGCCAGACCUCCACCUUGUCUGGUCGAAAGAUCGAAUAUUCCUCAAGCCCUUGCCUCAAUUCCUUCUAGACUCGGUAUUCUGGAAAUCGAACAUUUGCACGUCGCACGAGGAGGGUAAGCGGGCGCUCCAACAACAGGCACCCUCGCCAUCCGCCUCGAACCCAACAGUAUCCGCGCAGAUGGACCUGGCCAUGGCGGCUCGCGGCUUUCUAUUCUCAUACACGGCCCUUAUCGCGUACCACAGCGACUUUUUGAUUGCUCGGGCGAACGGACUUGUUCCACCCGAGCUGGAAUGGCCGGCUUGGAAGAAGAUCGCCCAGGCGACAGUCAACGACCACACGUACGGUUCCAUCAGCCCUAGGUACCGAUACGGCGAGCUCCGGCUCAGUCGGCUCAACAAGAUUUACCGCUUCGCCGACGGCGCAUAUAUCCGUGGUUUUUCGAGAGUGGAUGCACAGAGCCAGUACCAAGGCUUCGUCGCGGACAACUUUGGCAAGAUAAUAGGCAUUUCGGGCUACGUGGUCAUCGUCUUGACGGCAAUGCAGGUGGGGCUUGCCACGAACCAGCUGCAGUCGAAUGCUACCUUCCAUAGUGCCAGCUAUGGCCUCACCGUCUUCUCCAUUGUGGUGCCCAUCUGCGCUGGGGUUGUUAUUUUCGUCAUGUUGGCUUGCCUUUUUGUCAGGAAUUGCCGUUUUGCCAGCCAAGAUUGGGAUAGAAGGUGUAAGAAAAUAAAUAACUGGGAUCACGUCACGUGUGGCGAGCCUGUCUGA